GGCAUAGGUACCUUGAGUAUGUGACUACGUAAACAUUUUUUCCCUCUAAACUAUAAAUGUACGAGUAUAUAAGUGCGUACAAAGUCGUCUGUGUUGUAGACCACGCAUCGCAUCUGUUCAGUGUAUUAACUUCUCUCAAACGUUAAGCAUCAUCAUGAACUCCUUGAUCGUAUUCUGCGUGUUGUCUCUGGCGGCUUUGACCAUCGCGCGUCCUGACGGCGCCACAUACACGGACAAGUAUGACAACGUAGACCUGGACGAGAUCCUCGGCAACCGUCGCCUGAUGGUGCCUUACAUCAAGUGUAUGCUCGACCAGGGCAAGUGUGCCCCCGACGCCAAGGAACUCAAGGAGCACAUCAAGGAAGCUCUUGAGAACGAGUGCGGCAAAUGUACCGAGACCCAGAAGAAGGGAACCCGCCGCGUCAUCGGUCACCUGAUCAACCACGAGGCUGACUUCUGGAACGAGCUGACUGCCAAGUACGACCCUGAGGGGAAGUACACCACCAAGUACGAGAAGGAGCUCAAAGAAGUCAAGGCUUAGGUGUAAUACGAUUGUCAAUUGUUUAGUAUCGAGUCAAAUGUGAUGUGAUAUUAGUUGGUUAAUAAAAACAGUUUUCAGUUACUCCUGUUGUAACUUGGAAACAAUAUUUAUUAAUA